AUGGAUUUCAAUAAUAUUGAGAGAACGACGACUACCUUUCACCAAAAGAAAUGUUUUUUUUGCGGUGGCCAUGUCCAUCAACGCAUAAAAUGCCCCGCAUUAAAUGUCACAUGCACCAAUUGCAACAAGAAGGGCCAUUAUGCCAAAGUAUGCAAGGGUGAAAGAGUCGGGACUUCGUCUAAUGCCGUAUCGGAAAAUGAACUACUAGGAGCUAUAUCUGCCGCCUCUCCUAUGAGCUUGAAAAAGACUACUAUAGUUGUUUCUAUCAAUAAUCACAGAGCCGAUGCUCUCAUAGAUAGCGGAAGCUCUACUAGCUUUAUAGACGAGAACCUCGUUCAAGAACUGAAAUUAAAACGCAUUCCCUGGAACGAAAAUGUAACUUUAGCCUCCAAAAAUAACACUUCGUGUGUAAAGGGGAUGUGCUUCGUAGAUCUUAAAAUGAAUGAACAUUUCUACAGACGUAAACCUCUUUAUAUUCUUAACUCACUUUGCUCUGAUAUUAUAAUUGGACAUGAUAUCUUAAGCGACCACUCGUCAGUCGAACUUACCUUUGGAGGUACAAAGAAACCUCUUAAAAUAUGCAAUGUCAUAGCAGCUUCUGUUCCUGAAGUCUCACUUUUUGCUAACCUCUCUGAAAAUGUAAAGCCCAUAGCAAUUAAAUCUAGGAAACACUCAGAAGCUGAUACGAUAUUUAUUGAAAAUGAAAUCGAGAAACUUUUGAAGGAUGGCGUGAUCGAGCCAACUAAUUCUCCUUGGCGAGCACAAGUGUUGGUUACUACAAGUACUACUCAUCGUAAACGUCUCGUGAUAGACUAUUCACUGACGAUUAAUCGAUUCACUGAAUUAGAUGCGUAUCCUCUACCUAAUAUAGAAUUGAUCGUAUCUAAAGUUGCUCAACACAAAGUUUUUAGUCAGAUCGAUCUAAAAAGUGCUUACCAUCAAGUUCCUAUAUUAAAAACAGAGAGAUUAUAUACUGCAUUUGAGGCAUGCGGGAACCUUUAUCAAUUUACUCGUAUACCGUUUGGCGUUACUAAUGGAGUUGCAGCUUUUCAGAGAACACUAAAUUUUAUCAUCACCGAAGAAAAGCUAAUGGGUACGUAUGCAUAUCUUGAUGACGUAACUAUCUGUGGCAAAACAAUUGAAGAACACGAUACAAAUCUUAAACGAUUUAGAGACGCCGUCCAUAAAUACAACCUGACGUUAAACGAAGAAAAGUGUGUAUAUAGACAAUCAUCUAUUAAACUACUAGGAUACAAAAUUAAAAAUAACUCAAUUCAACCGGACGAGGAUCGUGUCGGUCCUUUAAUGAACUUACCUGUUCCAAAUGAUUCUCCAUCUCUAAAAAGAGCUCUUGGAAUGUUUGCUCACUAUGCUAAGUGGAUAAGAAACUUUUCCGAGAAGAUCCACUCACUCGCUAGAACUAAACAGUUUCCACUUAGUAAAGAACAAAUUGAAUCUUUUCAAAGGAUUAAAGCAGAUAUACGGAAAUCAAUUCUCAAUGCCGUAGAUCCAAAUGCAAAAUUUACUGUUGAAACGGAUGCCUCUGAACAUUCUCUUGCUGCUUCUCUUUCGCAGGAUGGUCGACCAGUAGCUUUCUUUUCGAGGUCUUUAAAUGAUUCUGAACGACGCCAUUCUUCUGUCGAAAAAGAAGCUUGUGCCAUUGUUGAAUCCUUAAGAAAGUGGCGACAUUAUUUAACUGGGCGACACUUUAGACUCAUCACCGAUCAGCGAUCUGUGUCGUUUAUGUUCAAUCAAUCACAUAAGAGUAAGAUAAAGAACGAAAAAAUAGAAAGAUGGCGUCUGGAGUUAUCUAAUUAUAAAUACGAUAUAGUCUAUCGUCCAGGUAGGGAGAACGUUAUAGCUGACACUCUAUCUCGGGUGUGCUCAAGCGUCACGACUAACAAACUUUAUGAAUUGCAUAAUACAAUGGGUCAUCCUGGUAUUGUACGCAUGACUCACUGGAUUCGGUCAAAGAACUUGCCUUAUACUUCCGAAGAUGUUAAGAAUAUGACUGCGGGAUGCCGCAUUUGUGCUGAGAUCAAGCCCCGCUUUGCAAGAAUAAAUGGAAAUCUUAUUAAGGCUACUGCACCUUUCGAAAGACUCAAUGUUGAUUUUAAAGGCCCUUUACCUACUCAUAGUAAAAAUCGUUUUAUUUUGACUAUUAUUGAUGAGUACUCAAGAUUUCCUUUUGCAUACAUCACUAAAGACGUAUCCGCUACGACUGUAAUAGGAUGUUUUAAGGAUUUAUUUCAGAUGUAUGGGACACCACAUUAUAUCCAUUCGGAUAGAGGUGCAGCGUUUAUGUCGAAAGAACUGAGAGAUUUCUUAGUGAUGAAUGGUGUAGCGUGUAGUCGUUCUACUCCAUACAAUCCUCAAGGGAAUGGACAAGUCGAGCGGUUAAAUGGAACAUUAUGGAAGACGAUAAGACUGAUCCUGAAGUCGAAACAAAUGGAUAUUGGCCAUUGGGAACACGUUCUUCCUAACGCUUUACAUUCCAUUCGAUCACUACUGUGUACGUCCACAAACAUGACCCCCCACGAGAGGUUCUUUAAACACCCUCGGCGGAGUGCUAACGGUGAAUCUCUUCCAACGUGGCUCCUAAACCCUGGCCCUGUUUUAAAGAAGAAUUAUACAAAACACUCUAAAUAUGACCCAGACGUAGAAGAAGUGGAAUUGAUCGAAGCUAAUCCUCAGUAUUCUUACGUAAGACUAGCAGACGGGCGGGAGGCUACUAUAUCUAACAAACAUUUAGCACCACUUCCUCAAACUCCAAUAACCGUCCUGGAACCACAACUAGAAACGGAGACGAGACCAUUGAGUUCAAAUGGUAAUGCCGAAGUUGACGAAGUACGGAUGGAAGCAGAUUCAUCACACCAGAACACGGAGGAUUUUGAUUCUGAUUCACCACGCCAAGAUGAAGAAGUACUUCAAGAAGCUCCUUCUUCACACCCGGGAAUUAGCUCAGAGGAAACUAUAACUGGCAAUGAGGAGAGAGAUCGGACAAGAAGAUCUGGAAGACAAAGAAAAACUCCAGAUUAUCUCAAGCACUAUGUUCCUCGUUAA